UUAUAAUUAGGAGAGAAUCAAAUUCCACCGUUAUUCCCUCCGCUACUCAAGGCUGAAACCUAAAACGAUUCGGCGGCCGGAAACGUUACGAUCACAAUCCCCCAUCCAUUGUUACGGUUUCAUAUAGCACGAAUGAAAGAUUUUGCAGCAGAAACCCAAUCAUGCCUUUCCCAUUCAAUUAUCGAAACCCAAUUCGGAAAUUUGAAGAUUUCUAACUAUAAACCCCAAAUUUAGAAAAAGACAUUGAAAUUGGCUUUGGGGUUUUUAAAGAUUCAAGCUUUCAGCAAUUUUUGUUACUUCAUGGCAAUGCCUGUUCAACCGCAUUUUUUGUUCAUCACCUAUGACGCUCUUCUCCAUUUGUUCACAAGUUAGUGUCCUUUUCCACCUACCCUUUUGCAUCUAUUGGUUGUAUAUAUGUUUGUGGGUAUCUGUUUUGCUCUCAUGCUUUGGAUUGGUGAUUAUGGUUUUCUGUCUAGUAUAGACUCUUUCUGGCCAUUGCUGAAUGGAGUCAAGAAAACUACUACCCCUUUUGAGAGCCUGUGUAAACUCCAAGUCACUGAAGCAAGGCAAGAUCAUUCAUCAGAAAGUUGUAACUUUAGGCUUGCAAAAUGAUGUUUUCUUAUGCAAGAACCUGAUUAGCCUAUAUGUUUCUAGCCAUCUAUAUAAUUAUGCAAAACACGUUUUUGAUACCAUUGAAAACCCAUGUGAGAUAUCUUUGUGGAAUGGCCUGUUGGCGGGUUACACUAAGAAUUACAUGUAUGUGGAAGCCCUAGAGCUUUUUGAGAAGUUUUUACGUUGCCCUUACCUAAAACCUGAUAGUUAUACUUACCCUAGUGUUCUUAAAGCCUGCAGUGGGCUAUGUAGAGUUGUCUUAGGAAAAAUGAUUCAUACAUGUUUGAUAAAAACUGGUUUAAUGACAGAUAUUGUAGUUGGAAGCUCUCUUGUGGGUAUGUAUGCUAAAUGCAAUGCAUUUGAGUAUGCUAUACAGAUGUUUGAUGAAAUGUCUGAAAAGGAUGUGGCAUGCUGGAAUACAGUAAUUUCUUGUUAUUACCAAAGCGGAAAAUUUGACGAGGCACUACAAUAUUUUGGCUUGAUGAGAAGAUUAGGGUUUGAGCCUGAUUCGGUUACAAUCACAACUGCUAUUUCCUCAUGUGCUAGACUUUUGGAUUUGGACAGGGGAAGGGAAAUUCAUAAUGAGUUAACUAGUAGUGGGUUUCUGCUGGAUAGUUUCAUUAGCUCUGCUCUUGUUGACAUGUAUGGAAAAUGUGGUCACCUGGAAAUGGCCAUAGAGGUUUUUGAGCAAAUACCUAAAAAGACUGUUGUUGCAUGGAAUUCCAUGAUUACAGGAUAUGGUUUGAAAGGUGACAGCAUUUCCUGCAUUCAACUUUUUAAGAGGAUGUACAAUGAGGGAGUCAAGCCAACUUUGACUACUUUAAGUAGUAUAAUAAUGGUUUGUUCACGAUCAGCCAGACUUCUAGAGGGGAAGUUUGUACAUGGAUAUAUAAUACGAAACAGAAUACACCCUGAUAUUUUUAUUAAUAGCUCACUUAUGGAUCUUUACCUCAAAUGUGGUAAGGCUAGGUUAGCUGAAAACAUUUUUAAAUUAAUACCGAAGACCAAGGCAGUUUCUUGGAAUGUUAUGAUUUCUGGAUAUGUGACUGAAGGGAAAUUUUUUGAAGCCCUUGGCCUCUUUUGUGAAAUGAGAGAAUCUUAUGUUGAACCAGAUGCUAUAACUUUUACUAGUGUUUUAGCAGCUUGUUCACAACUAGCAGCACUUGAAAAGGGUAAAGAUAUUCACAAUCUGAUUAUUGAGAGAAAUUUGGAAAACAAUGAAGUGGUUAUGGGUGCUCUCCUUGAUAUGUAUGCAAAGUGUGGUGCUGUACAUGAAGCGUCCCGUGUUUUUAAAUGUUUGCCGGAAAGAGAUCUGGUGUCCUGGACUUCCAUGAUUACUGCUUAUGGGUCUCAUGGUCAGGCCUAUGAAGCUCUGGAGCUUUUUGCUGAAAUGCUGAAGUCUAAUGUGAAACCUGAUAGGGUUACUUUUCUUGCCAUAUUAUCUGCAUGUAGCCAUGCUGGGUUGGUUGAUGAGGGAUGCUAUUAUUUCAAUCAAAUGAUCAAUGUUUUCAGUAUUAUACCUAGAGUUGAACAUUAUUCAUGCUUGAUUGAUCUUCUUGGACGCGCUGGAAGAUUAAAUGAAGCAUAUGAGAUUCUGCAAAGAAACCAUGAAAUCAGGAAUGAUGUUGGGUUGUUGAGCACAUUAUUUUCUUCAUGUCGUUUGCACAGAAAUCUUGAUUUAGGGGUUGAAAUUGCAAGGAUACUUAUUGACAAGGAUCCUGAUGAUCCAUCAACCUAUGUUCUCUUAUCAAAUAUGUAUGCUUCUGCUCAUAAAUGGGAUGAGGUACGGAUGGUGAGAUCAAAGAUGAAGGAGCUUGGAUUAAAGAAGAAUCCAGGGUGUAGUUGGAUUGAGAUUAACCAGAAGAUUCAACCUUUCUUUGUAGAAGACAAUUUACACUGGCAUUUAGAAUUGGUUAUUGAAUGCCUUUCAUAUCUUACUGGUCACAUGGAAGACGAGUCUAAACCAUUUAUAUAUCAUUUUGAUGUUGAAGCAUAGAGAUUUUACUAGUUUUAAAAUUAGCAAAAGGGAAUGAGCUUAGCAGCUGGACAUGAUGAGGAUCCUGGGGCAAUGAUCCUUGGUGCAUGUAACUGAUAUUUAAAUUUUUAUUACCAAAAUCCAGGA